CUGAGGAGGCCUGUGGUCUGUGACUCGAGCAGGGCAGUGACGGUACCUGCACGGGCCUGAGGGGCAGUGAGCAGGCACCGGGCAAAGGAGCUGCUAGAACAAUGCUGAGGCGGGCGAGGUGAGGAGCUGCCCGGGGAGGCAGCCCCGACGGAGUGUCUUGAACAGGUGAUCGGAGGAGCUGGAAACCGAGGCUACCUGGGCGUCCCUCCCCUCGCCUCGGCCGAGCCCAGGAGCCCCAGAGACAGUGGGGAAACCAUGGCGACCAAUUUCAACGACAUCGUCAAGCAAGGCUACGUGAAGAUGAAGAGCAGGAAGCUCGGGAUCUACCGGCGGUGCUGGCUGGUGUUCCGGAAAUCCUCCAGUAAGGGGCCCCAGCGGCUGGAGAAGUAUCCGGAUGAGAAGUCAGUGUGCCUCCGAGGCUGCCCCAAGGUGACUGAGAUCAGCAACGUCAAGUGUGUCACGCGGCUCCCCAAGGAAACCAAGAGGCAGGCAGUGGCCAUCAUAUUCACUGACGACUCGGCACGUACCUUCACCUGCGACUCAGAGCUGGAGGCGGAGGAGUGGUACAAGACACUGUCUGUGGAGUGUCUGGGGUCGCGGCUCAACGAUAUCAGUCUGGGAGAGCCAGACCUCCUGGCCCCAGGGGUGCAGUGUGAGCAGACAGAUCGCUUCAACGUCUUCCUGUUGCCCUGCCCCAACCUGGAUGUGUACGGCGAGUGCAAGCUGCAGAUCACCCACGAGAACAUCUACCUCUGGGACAUACACAACCCCCGCGUGAAGCUCGUCUCGUGGCCCCUGUGCUCGCUGCGCCGCUAUGGCCGGGACGCCACUCGCUUCACUUUUGAGGCUGGCCGGAUGUGCGACGCUGGGGAAGGGCUCUACACCUUCCAGACGCAGGAGGGGGAGCAGAUUUACCAGCGGGUCCACAGCGCCACCCUGGCCAUUGCCGAGCAGCACAAGCGGGUCCUGCUAGAAAUGGAGAAGAACGUGAGGCUGCUGAACAAGGGCACGGAACACUACUCCUAUCCCUGCACGCCCACCACCAUGCUGCCCCGCAGUGCCUACUGGCACCACAUCACGGGUUCCCAGAACAUCACCGACGCCACCAGCUAUGCCGGUGAGGGGUAUGGGGCCGCCCAGGCCAGCUCAGAAACGGACCUCCUCAACAGAUUCAUCCUGCUAAAGCCAAAGCCCAGCCAGGGGGACAGCAGCGAAGCCAAGGCUCCGUCCCAGUGACAGCAGGGCUGGCGCGCACCAUGACUGCUGGGGCUGCCAGCCGCGGGGCUGACUGCAGCCUACUCUGGACAGCCUCAAGGGGCUUUGGCCAGGAGCCUGGAGAAAGGGAGCAAGGUGUCCCUUCCUUGCCCCCAAGGGUGAGGCUGGACCAAGGCAACGGGCUGGCCACAGCACCUGAGCAUGUGUGAGGGGCUGGAGCUCCCCUGGGACUAGAUACUGUUAAUGAUUUUAAUAUAUACGGCUUAUGACAUAUUCUAUAUGAGAGUCCCCCGUCCCUCCCCACCACACACACAUUUUUUAAUCCCAUGACCAGGCCCCCAGUCAAGGCUGUUUUGGGUGUGAGGGCUGCCGUUUCCCUGUGCUACGUGGCGCACCCUCCUGCUGCCAGGACCUGCUUGAGCUGCCAGGGCCCGAGGAAGGAGACGACAAUCACAACUCUCGGCGGGCGCUCUGACUGCUGUCUUUUCCCAGGCAGCCCAGGGGCUAAGACAGCAGGUGGCUUCUCAGUUCCUCUGGGCCUCGAGGGGCACAGGCAGGGUCCGAACUUACACUGGGCCACUUGGCAGCCUUGCACUUGGAGUCUGAAGCAGUGCUAUCUGGUUGACACCUCAGGUGAAAAUCCGGUUUUAAAAUGUAAUUUCUGCCCAGGCUCCUUCCUGCUUUUAGGCUGAGCAGAUACCCUGGGGGUGGGGGUGCUGAUAAGCUCAGCCAAGUGGAGGGUGGCAGGAGGAUGGCCCGUCCCAGUCCCUAGCCCGCCUGCUCCAGGGCCAGGCUGGGGGGAAAGCUGCAGCAGGACUGCUGAGGGGAGCACCCCUGCUACCCCCUCACUGAUGGGGUGUGGGGCAAGGCCCCAAGGGCCUCCUGCCUUGUGUUUGCCACCCUCUGGCCAGCCCAAAGCACGCAGAAACCGAGCCUUCCCGUUUCCUCCUCCCCACAUGGUGCUGAGGCUCCCUGCUGAAUGCAAUUAAAGCAAUUGAUCUCCUAGUGCUGGUACUUACUGACUACCGAGCAGAAGGGCUAUCUUUCUAUUCACAUCAAACCUUUGGGUGCGUGUGUGUGGUUUUUUUUUUUUUUUUUUUUUAAUACUUUAGGGUUCUGAUUUGUGGGAACAGACCUUGUUGUAAAUAACCACUAUUCAAGUCCUGGCAGGAGGAUGAUAAAGCAAGAGGCCCCUUCCGACAGAGCCCUGGAGCCAGGGAGGCGGCCGCAGCCAGCUCAGCUCUGAACCUGACCCAGGGAGCGACCAGCCAGAGGAGUAUGCCAGCCUGAAGAAGGGAGCCCGCAGCCAAAGGCCCUGGAGAGGGAGGCAGAGCUGACUGGCUCAGCUAGUGGCACGAUGAUGCAUGAAGGAGAUUAUGUUGUGCUCUUUAUUGCCAAAAAUAAAAACUUUUAAAAAGACAA